UCAAAGUCUGUCCACCCUGACGGUACUUGAGGACUUUUUAUCAAAGAGACCCAUGCCUGGAGGCAUCGCAACCACUGAUGGCCAGAAUCCAAACUGGGUUCGCAACCUCAAUUACUACAGACUGGACGGGAGUACAUCUGCCUCAGAGCGAGAACGACUUAUUAACCAGUUUAAUGAUCCGGAGAACACAACAACAUGGGUUUUCUUACUUUCUACCAGAGCGGGCUGUUUGGGGGUAAAUUUGAUCGGGGCCAGUCGGGUCAUUGUGUUUGAUGCAUCGUGGAACCCCUGUCAUGACGCCCAGGCAGUAUGUCGUGUGUACCGUUACGGUCAGAGGAAACCCUGCUACAUUUACCGCCUCGUCUGCGACUUCACACUGGAGAAGAAGAUCUACGAUAGACAGGUGUCCAAACAGGGCAUGUCUGAUCGUGUCGUUGACGACUUGAACCCAGUGCUGAACUUCACCCGUAAAGAAGUGGAGUCACUGCUGCAUUUUGUAGAAGAGGAGCCUGAAGCUGAAAAACUUUUGAUGGAAUCUCAGGACUUAGAAUCAGUGAUUCGUCAAGCUUGUCAGCUUUACCCAAACCUCAUCACAAAGCCACCUUUCCACCACGAGUCACUGCUGGUGGAUCGCAAGGAGUCGAAACUGACCAAAGCAGAGAAGAGAGCUGCAAAGAAAAGCUAUGAGGAUGAGAAACGAGCCUCUGUCCCCUACUCUCGCCCGUCGUAUGUCCCCUAUUACCCAACAAGUGAUCAUACGCUUGCGAGCAUAGCAGCCUUUAAUCAACGUGGCUGGCGUCCCCUGACACGACCAGAUGACAAACCAGUAGCAAGUGUCAGGCCCAUCCAGUCGACACCAAUCCCAAUGAUGCCUCGCCAAGUGGGCAUGGGCAUGUCGGGCUUCAGCUCUGCAGGCAACCUCCCUCUCAACUUCCUGCAGAAAGCUGGAGUUUAUGUGCAAAGGAUUGUCACCACUACUGACAUUGUAAUCCCUGGACCCAACGGUUCAUCAGAAAUUCAAGCUCACAUUCCUAUAGGAGAGAGCAUCCACAUUAUCAGAGGAUCUAAAGGUACUUACAUCAGGACGAACGAUGGAAGGAUUUUUGCUAUUCGAUCUGGAAAGAAUAGCAGAUCUGUGAUUGGGACGUCUGCUUCUUCUAGAGGCUCACAGAGCUCCUCAAUCCAGCGAGUCAGUAAUGGUUGUUCAUCGCCUGUAGAUCAGCAGCAGCGCUCUCCUAACAGUGACCAGCAGCCUUCUUCUCCUUCCAGCUCUGAGAUUCUCAGAGAGCUCAGCAACUACACUUCAUCCGCAGGCGAUGCCUCUUCCGGUGCAGGGAACGAACCAUCAUUACCGUCCGACGUGUCGUCUGUGCCUGCGGGAGACGAAGGCAGUUCACAGACCAGUGAUCUCCGGAGGGAAGUCAGUGAUGAGCUCCUGAGUUCAGCGUUAGAGGUGCGAGGCAAGAAACGCAAGCACAACGACAACCAGGGCAGCAACGCGCAGACAGGAGGCAAACACACUUCAGCCGCAGCUCAUUUUCCAAGUCUGCCUUUGGGUUCGAGUGGGCUCAGUUUCCCGCCUGUGAGUCUGAACUCUUCGUCCCUGCUGGGGAAUCUCAGCCACAUGAGUCAACCUCUUCUAAUGGCUGGUGGUGGAUCAUCGUUCCUUCAGCCUCCUGGACAAACCAUGGCUGACCUACAGUCCAUGUUCCCCUCAGCCGGUGCAGACUUACUGAGACAACCUGCUAUAGGGAACGGGCACCUUCCUACCCCGUCCUCAUCCUCUGCUUUCUCCUCUGCAUCCACCACUGUUCCUAUGUCGUCUUCACCCUCAGCAGGAACCUCUUCCUCCCUCCCCUCUGCCCCUUUGCCUCCGUACUUAAUGAACCAAAACAUGGCAGGUCUUCUCUCUCCAAAUUUCUCUGUCGGCUACGGUCAGCCGCUGCUUUCCGCACCAAGAAUGUUCCCCAACACUCUGCUCCCGGGGACGGGGGGGUUCUCAACGCCCAACUCCAACUCUGCCACACCUGGCUUUCUCUCCCAUUUCAACAACCCCACUUCCAGCCUGCUGGGGGCCGCUUUGGCCCAACCAGACAGAUAUCCGAGUUCUGUAAACGGAGGGGACAGUUCUGAUGACGAUGUUAUUGAGGUGACAGGACAGUAACGUUUCGAACAGCCACACAGUCCAGCACGUUUUACUUAAAGAACAUAUGGUAAUAAUUAUACAAACUAUAACUAAAAUCUUUACAAUAAAUGCUUAAUUAGAAAGAAAAGUCAUUUGUUGAUAGAAAAACUAAUCUUGAAUACAGAUCUAAACAGGUUUAAAUGUAUGAAUUACAUUCUUUUCAGGGAGUAAAUGUUAAUUAUGAACACAAAGAUACAAUAAAAAUCAAAAGUUUCUGAUCCAUCCCUAAAAUAGAGUUGAGUUCCCCCUCCUAAUGCACUUCGUACACACAGACUCUCCCCUGCAGACGAGGGAAUCAACCUAAUGGCUACACUGUCUAGAGAAACACAAAUCCUUAUGCUGAAAAUCUCAGACUUGUUCGGCUGGAGCAGCAGAUCAACGGGAACGGAUUGUCAUACGAGGACCAGCUGCAACUUUCAGGGGCCGCCCACAGCUUCUGCUGCUACGUUUUUACUGCAGGUGUCGCCGCGAUGAGCUUCAUGUGAAAAAUGUUAUUAGAACUGUUUAAUGUUGGAUUUUUUUCAUGGUGUAUUGCCAUGAAACUGUUGGGCGCAAAUGGAUUUCCUUUGCUGAGCUCUCCUGUUGAACACUGAUCCUGUGAAAAGCCUGGAAACUUCACAGUAGAUAUUGGAGUCUUAGUGUUGGUCAGAUUUACAAUAUACAGAGAAAAUCCUUCGAGGCUUACCUUUAAAACCAGAAAUUUUAGGUAUUCAGAGCAUAUUUUAGUCUUUAGCAGUUUGAUAGACAUUGUAGCAUCCCCUGUUGAAAAGAUGUGUGACGCUAUAACUCAAGAUGUUCAUACUUUGUACAUAAGUCUUUAUCAUUGUUUAUAUUCCAAGUCAAAACUGUGCAGUGUGUAGAUUUUGGUUGUAGCGAGAUUGUUUAAUAUUACAGUAACUAUCUUGAUGAUAAACUCACCCAGACAAAGUUAUGUUCAGUUUAAUCUUUUACUUUUGUUUCCCUUCAAACUAAAAGGAAUGUACUUUCAUGUUAGCCUUCGUCAACACAGGGACUGGGACAUGGAUUUGUACUGUGUGCUUUAAGUUUUAGCCUUAAGUAACGCAAAUGGUCUUGAGUUUUAGGAUUUAUAUGUUGCACCAAUCGGCUUUUUAUCAAACUGACAGAAAGUCAUCAACAAACUCAAAAUAUGCUUAAUGCAGAUACAGAAUGGUGAAAACAAGCAGCGAGGUUGAAAGCCCAAAGGAGCUUGAACCAAGGUUUUAUGUUACUAGUUCAAGAUCUUAUCUUGUCUCUUUUGGUUUCUUACAGAAGUUGCUUCAUCUUUUCUAUUUCCCCUAAACCCCAUAUGACAUAAGAAUUUAAAGACUUUAUUUUCAGGACAAAUGUUACCAAAACUACAGGAAUAAUUCCAUCUGCACAGCCAGGGAAGGUGAAACCUCUAGUUAAUGUAGCCACAAACCAUCUUAACCAGAUAAGUUUGAUAUAUCCAUAAAACUGCCGGUGACUGUGGCACAACCUGCUGAAGUUGAUGCGGGGGGCCUUACAAAAAAAAAAAGAGUGCCAUUUUUUGGUGAUCGCUCUUCCCUUAGACGCAGUGCGUGUGAGUAGCUUCUGUCUGUAGUGUCGGUGUAGGUACGCAUUGCAUUUGGGAGUUUAGGUGCUCUUCUCUGUAGCCGUCCGUUUCUGUGUUGUCACGACGCUUCAAGGUGUUUAGAUUUAGGGAAGCCACCUUCCUCUGUUGUAAAUUAGGCUCGCUACAGUGGUUAUUAGCCUUUAGAAAACACUGGAUAAGCUGAGACAACAGACCAUUCCCUAGGAAUUUAUGUUUCAUUUAUGAGUUUGUUUCCUGACUGUUUGCUUUGAAUUUGCUUAUUCUUUCUCUUUUGUGGUUUUCUUCAUCAAAACCUGUGAUUUAGUUUGCUUUAGAUUUCAAGGUGGCUCUAGUACUUUGUAAAUUAAUCAUUUCAGCAGAGGAACUGUACAAAAUACAUAAUAGAUAUCCCAUGUUUUUAUUUGUACUUUUUUCAUCAUGUAUGUAUUCAUUCAUUAUGUGUAGUAAGUACCUUUUUCUUUCAUCUGGAGUAAUCACAUAAAAAUGUUUUUUUUUUUUUUUUACCCCUUUCCUUCAGUUGUCCGUAGUUUUCAUUUAAUUGUCUGAAAUGUACUUAUUUAUAAUAAAAAUAGGCUUUUAUAACCUUUUAUUAUUUUUUUUACUGUUCAUUUACUUUGAUCCAUGAAUGGCUGAUUCAGUGAGAGUUUCAUACCUGCAGCCUAAAUCAAAGUAAAAAAAAACAUAACUAUGUGAUAUUAAUGUUAUUUGAACAAUAAAACACUUCUACUGCAGUGUGAA